GUCAGUGUCGUUAGGAAUGCCUCAUAAGCCUGACUCAGUAUUCACAGGAGAACAUGAUAGCUCUUCCGCCGGUUGUGCACGAACUGACUUGGUUUCCGCGGCUUCCUCGAGCUCGCUCGGUGUGGCGAAUCUGCCUUUGCGGCACGGUGGCUGGGCGCGCAAGGCCCGACGGGAAGUUUGUGGAAUCUGCUGUGAGAAGAAGAACGCCAGGUUUCCUGGGCCACAGUCAUGGCAGCGACCUCCCCCAAUGCUGGGGGCUCCGCACCUGAGGCGGCGGCUUCCGCCGAAGCUCCGCUGCAGUACAGCCUUCUUCUGCAGUACUUGGUGGGCGACAAGCGUCAGCCCCGGCUCCUGGAGCCUGGAAGCCUGGGCGGGAUCCCGAGUCCAGCCAAGAGUGAGGAGCAGAAGAUGAUCGAGAGGGCGAUGGAAAGCUGCGCCUUCAAAGCUGCGCUGGCCUGCGUGGGAGGAUUUGUCUUGGGAGGUGCAUUUGGGGUGUUCACUGCUGGCAUUGAUACCAACGUGGGCUUUGACCCUAAGGAUCCUUACCGUACACCGACGGCCAGAGAAGUUCUUAAAGACAUGGGCCAGAGAGGAAUGUCCUAUGCCAAAAAUUUUGCCAUUGUGGGCGCCAUGUUUUCUUGCACUGAAUGUUUAGUAGAAUCUUACCGGGGAAAAUCAGAUUGGAAGAACAGUGUCAUUAGUGGCUGCAUCACUGGAGGAGCCAUUGGUUUCAGAGCUGGCUUGAAGGCUGGGGUCAUCGGCUGUGGAGGUUUUGCUGCUUUCUCUGCUGCGAUUGACUAUUACCUACGGUGAGAACACUGGUGUCCAACAAGGACAAUGGCAGCCCAGGAUCAAGGCUGCUCUGUGUAGGGCGGUUUCUGCACCACUCCAGGGCACUUGCUUCAGAGACUGAAGACAUUUGUUUUUUCUCACAUAGUUGGUGUCGUGAGGGAGCCGCCUGGCUGCAAUCGGCCACCUCUGAGCAGCCACGCUCUCUGCACCUGGACUCGAGCCAGGCUGUGCGGGGUGGAGUGCCAUGCCAGACUCUCUGUUUUGGGCAGUCAAGGAGUCAGUGUGUUGACCUGUAGGAACAGAGUUCCACAAAGGUUCUCUCCACAGCCUCUGGUGCUGUGGGGAUGGAGGGGACUUUACACACACCUGGAAGCUUCUACCUUGUACGUCAACGCGGUCAUCCAUCUCAUACCUCAGGGCAGGGCAGAGUGGAAUCAUGCCGUCUGACCAGUUCUGUCAUUUUGUUUAGUGUUCUGCUAUCCUUGUUUUAUAUAUAUAUAUAUAUAUAUAUAUAUAUAUAUAUGUAUGUAUGUAUAUAUAUAUGUAUUUAUAUUACAGUUUAAAAGUUUGGCUUAUUUUUAUUUUCAAAUUCCACAAUUCCCCAAAAUAGUACCAGGUGGCCCAAAGAUUGAACAUCCAAAGGGAAAGCAUGAGCCAGCUCCUGAGAAGUCUGGGAAUGCUCAACUCCCAGGGUCUGCAGAGCAGCGUUAUCCUGAGAUUGCUGCAGUGGCCCAGAAACCUGGCCUAACCGUGUCCUAGGAUGCAGUGACAUUCCAUGCAUAACCCUGCUGGCCUCUUCUGAGAAACCGUCGGGCUGGCUGGUGGGAAUGCCUGCUGUCUGAACCACACAUGGGUGUUCUGCUGUGACCAUCGGCCCAGGCCCGCCUCAAGGACAGAGUGUGAGGGUUGUGUUGCUGUGGUCCUCCUGAUGACCAGGUCCCAGCAGCCACUGGUUACAACCAGACCGUGUUCAGGAGCUGCUCACCACCACCCUGUUCCUCUGAUGUCAGGGGUUUGUUCCUUACUUAAACAUUAGUGUUUUUGACUUGACCUGGUAGCCUUUCUCUGACAGCAGCAGCUCAGCCUAAUUGUGUGCUAUACACAUAAAAAAACCCUUUUACAAUCGG